GUCCCGGUCCCGGUUCCGGCCCGGUCGGGAUUUGCCCUUCCCUGGUUUUGUCCCGGUUCUGGUCCCGGUCCCGGUCCCGGUUCUGAUCCCGGUUCCGGCCCGGACUGGCUGCCCCCUCCUCCGCGGCCCCUCCCCCGUUCUGUCCCGGUCCUGGUCCCGGUCCCGGUCCCGGUUCCGGUUCCUGGCCCGGUCCGGCCCGGAUUGGCCGCCAGCCCCGGCCCCGCCCCCUCCCGCCGGCGCUAAAACGGCCCCGGGCGGGCCCGGGACAGCGGCGACAGCGCCGGGGGGACACUGCGGGGACAGCGAGGGGACAGCACCGGGGACAGCACCGGGGACAGCACCGGGGACAGAACCGGGGACAGAACCGGGGACAGAACCGGGGACAGCGAUGGCCCCGGAGCGGCGGCUCCCGCUGCUGCUGGCCCUUGUCACCGCGCUGCUCGCGGCCACCGCCGCCACCCACGGCCCCGCGGGUGCCCUGGACGUGGCGGUGUCGGGGGAGGGACAGACCCCAGAGCCCCCCGGUCCCGCCCGGCUGGAGGCGUCGGGAGAGAGUGACCUCAGCACCUCAGCGCAGCUGGGCAAAGCUGUGACGUCACUGGCCAUGCCGGGGUCCCCGCUGGCCCCCGAGCCCCGGGACCCCCCCCCGGGGGGCGACCCCCCGCCCCGAGAGCGGCUCCGAGAGCGCCCACCCCCCCCGGGGGGCGCAGAGAGGGCUGUGACGUCGCCGCUCCCGAUGGAUUCUCCCGCGGAACCUUCCGGAACCUUCCCCGCGUGUCCCCCCCGCUUCCCCCCCGCGUGUCCCCGCUGUCCCCGGGCCGGGUCCCGGGGGUGGCCGGACCCCCCCGGUGUCCCCUCCCCCCCCCAUGUCCCCUCCCCCGCCACAAUAAAGUCACUGCAGAGGCAGCGCCAGCGCUGGGGGAGGGAUCCUGCCCCGAGGGUCCCGAUCCCACCCGAGGGUCCCGGGAGGGUCCUGAUCCCACCCGAGGGCCCCAAUCCCACCUGA